AUGAAGAAGGCAGAAUAUCGCAGGAGAUAUUUCAGGGAAUACUUCCAUGACUUGGCACUUGUACUAAUUCCGGAGCACGGGAUCUUGAGAUUAAUUCCCAAACGUUGGUCAAACGAGGAAGCAGAAAAAGAUGGUUCGUUGACCUCUAGGAAACAGAAACGUGAAUCAUUGGAGAUCUUGACUGAGGGCACUAUUUCGGUGAAUGAAGUUCUCAGGUAUGAGGUGAAGGACAGCGAGUUUAUAGGGAAUGAUCUGGACGCCCGCUCAUAUUUGGUUAGACCAGGUUUGUCGGCGAGGAGGUUUCUCAUUCAGUGGGCAAGCCAACUGGGAGAUGAGGAGCUACUUCGCAUUUUCAGCAAGAAGGACUCAAUUCGACAAAGAUCGUCAUCUGCAGUAGCUGGUUCUAAAUUCGAUAAUCUGGAAGAUUCUGAUUUCAUUUUUAAAUAUAAUAUAGACCAUGAUGAGGUGAAUUCAAGUACACCUAAGUUACAUCGUUCCUUCAGUCUACCAACAGAAAUUUGGUUUCCUUUAUCUGUGAAAGAAACAGACGAUACAGAAAAUAUGUUGUCUUCGGACUUUCUACCAGAAGCUAUCGCUCCACCGAACAGCGCACAACCUACUCAGUCUACAUUCUGUUCAGAACCUAAGAAUCUUAUGAAAGAUGAAAUUUUACAUUCUCACAAUGAAAUAAUUGACAAUACAAACGGAGAUGAACUGACGGAUCAUAACUACAAUGAAUUUGAGGAAGCAAUACAAUCAGAAAAUUCUCAUCCUAGUAUACCUGAAAGUGAAGAGUAUUUCAAUUUGAAUACAAUCAAAGAAGAUCAAGAAAUUUUAUUACCUGAUAUUGAAAAUAUUAUUUCUGAGACGACGGAUGAAGUACAAUCUUUGAGUGAUAACAAUUUAGAGGAUAUUGGAACUGUAGAAUUUGAGAAUAAUCUAGGUGUUACCAAACAGUCACCAUUACUUGAAGAUGAUGUAUUUUUAAGUGAAAAUGUUGACAUGAAUGAUAUACUUCUGGAGCAUAAUACUCAUUUUGAAGAGAUACAUUCCAAUCAAAAUGUACAAACAGAAAAUACUUCAGUUGGUGCAAUUAAAGGAUGGAAUGAAACUUGCCUACCAAAUAAAAGAUAUUUUACAUUGAAAUCAUUGGAAUUGAAUGUUUCACCUUCGAAUGUAGCACCGUUGUUAUCAAGAACUAAAACACUGCCUAGUAUUAAACGAAAAUCCAAGAUGAAUUCAAAGAAAACGUCUGUCACCAGUCCAAAUGAAGUUCAUGUGCGUGGGAAGCGUUUUAAAUCAGAUACAGAUUUUCCAACAUCAGAGUCUAUAAUUAACCUACCUCCAAUUAUUUCAAAACCAAAAUAUUCUGAAGAAGUUGACAUUGAAACCAAUAGUAAUAAUAAUAUUCAUGAAGAUAAUGAACAACACCAGAAACUUGGUGAAAAUUAUCCAGAUGAUAUUGAUCACGAUGGUAGUGAAUUUGAAGAAAUCUCAACGAUUGGCAUCCAGCAUAGUUUAUCUUUUAAUACACCAGUGAAAUGCUCUUCAGAAUCUGUGAACAAACUGCCUCAUAUAACAGAACAAUCACUUAUUACUCGUCCACUGAAUAUCAACAAUGAUUUUAUACUGAAUCAUAGUAACGAAACAUCAGUAAAAGAUAAAAAUGAAAGUCAACUUGGUAUAGACAGUUUUAAUCAACCCAAACAUACAGUUGAUCUGACCUGCAAUGAUGACGAUGUUGAAGGUGAAGAUAUCAAACUUGAUUAUGAAAAUAUGUUACUACAAAGAAGAAGUAAAUCAAACAUUUCACCAGUUGUCAGUAAUACCAACAGGCAACAACGACAAAGUAUUACAAUAACCCUUGAACCAGAUUUUCCACUGAUUCAUACAAAAGAUGACUUGAAUUCUACUGAAACAUCACAUAAAAUUUCUAUACCAUUUCUCUUUGCUAAAUCAACUAGUAAUUGGAACAACAAUAAUACAGCACGUAUCCAUAAAGAUGUACAAUUCGAUUUUAUACCAAUGAAUAAAACGGAUAGACCAGGAUAUUUAUCAAUGGAUAAAGGAAAUGUACUGAAAUCAAAAAUCGAGUAUUUAACACAGAAAAAGGAACGGGAAAAUAUUCAAUCAUCAGAAACAAAAGUGGACAACUUGGAAUUGAUAAUGACUGAUUCACCAAGAAAAACAUGGAAAGUCGCUAAAGAUAAAGUUACAAUUGUUAAUCAAGUAGUAAAAAGAGCUAUCAAGCCACGACCUAAUCCAGACGAUUUUUGCAUGACAAUGUGGAGUUAUCAAGAGGCAAAACAUGAAGAAGUCCCACUCCCUGAGUUGCUGAUAAUUCUGUUAUCAGGAAAGCCAGAUUUAAUUUCUCAACGAAUAUUUAGUGAAAUUCAGCCACAACGCAAUUUAGCACAGGAAUUAAGGACAGCUGUGGAAACAAUUUAUCGUGUUCUGCCUAAAUCGCAUGCAUUUGGUACUGUAGCCACUUUGAUUGGAAUGCGACCAGGUUAUAAACUGGAAGUACAAAUAUUGAGACAUGGUCAUACACAGAAAGAGUAUAAAAAUAUGAUUAAUAAAACACUUAUCGAUGCAUUUAAACACAGUUUGAUUCAACAGACUACAUCUAGUCAACAUCUUCAUGAUUUGGAUAUGGUUAUUGCUCAACUUUCUGAAGUAUGCAGUAUAGUUGCAACUGUAUUAAUUGGAUCAGAUACAAUUAAACCUGGUAAAAACUUUUCGGGUUUAAACUUGGAUAUCCUAAUCAUGAAUUUAGUUAAAGGAGCUAUCUAUGAUACUCCUCUUGCAAAUCGUGGUGUCUUGAGUGGAUUAUUAGCUGCAGCCGGAGGUGGUGUUAAUGCAUUAAUGGGUUUAAUUGCAGCUGCAGGUGGAGGAGUUGAAGGACUAGCCAAAUUAUUGGCUACAUCUGGAAAUCCUGGAGAAGCUAUUGGCGAAUUACUCAGAAGUCUUAGUGACGAUCCAGCUAAAGCUUUAAAAGAACUUGUCAAUACUAUGGGAGGAGGUGUAGAGGGGAUUAAGAAUAUUUUGAAUGCUUUGGGUAAAGAUAAACAAAAAGCUUUUCAAGAGUUAAUUCAACAAGUCGGUGGUGGAGCUGAUGGUCUUAAAAAUUUAUUUCAAUCAUCUGGAGGUAUUAAAGAAUUGAUGGAAGGUUUAUUUGGUGAAGGCGCAGAAGGACUUGCUGGCCUAAUAGCAGUUGCUGGAGGAGAUUUAGAAGGUCUAAGAAAUUUGAUUGAAGCUGCUGGUGGUGGAGUUCAAGGGAUAAAAAAUCUUAUUACACUAGGUGGUGAUGAAGUGACUGGUUUGAAAAAUCUAUUAAGUGCCAUUGGAGGUGAUAGUGUGGCUGAUGCCUUAACAACUCUCAUAACUGCAGCAGGUGGUGCCAAGGAUGGCUUGGCUGCACUAUUACAGGAAUCUGGUGGAGGUGCUAAAGGUUUGGAGAAUCUUAUUGAAGCUGUUGGUGGUGGAGGUGAAGGAUUGAAACAUUUAUUGAAAGCAGCAGGUGACAAUCCAGCCGAAGCUUUAGCUAACAUUUUAGCUGCAGCUGGAGGUGGAGUAGAAGGCUUAAAAAAUCUACUACAAGCUGUUGGUGGAGGUGCUGAAGGAUUGAAAAAUUUAUUAAGUGCAAUGGGUGAUAAUCCAAGUGAAGCGUUGGCUAACAUUUUAAAAGCUGCAGGAGGUGGCGCUGAGGCAUUGAAAAAUUUACUUGAAACUAUAGGUGGUGGCGCUGAAGGCCUGCAAACAUUACUUCAAGGAUUAGGUGGUGAUCCUGCACAAUCAUUAGCUAAUUUAAUAGCUUCUGUAGGCGGUGGUGAAGAGGGUUUGAAGAAUUUCAUUGAAGCAGUUGGUGGAGGUGUGACUGGUCUAACUAACCUUCUCAAAUCAUUGGGUGGUUCAACUAAAGAGGCUUUAGAAGCUCUACUAACUGCUUCAGGUGGAGGAAUAGAAGGAUUGAAAAAAUUAGUAGCAGCAGCUGGUGGGGGAGCAGAAGGGCUAAAAAAUAUCAUCGAAGCUGCUGGAGGUGGCUUAGACGGACUUAAAAAUUUAUUAUCUUCCCUUGGAGGCGAACCUAUUGACGCAUUGAGGUCACUGUUAGCAGAUGUUGGUGGAGAUGUAGCAAAUCUAAUCGCAGCUGCUGGAGGUGGUGUAGAAGGUUUAAAAAAUCUUUUUAAUGCAGUUGGUGGAGGUGUACAAGGACUGAUGAAUUUAUUGAAUGGAAUGGGUGAUGAUAUGAAUGAAGCAUUAUUUAAUUUAUUAAAUGUAACAGGGGAUCAAAAAGAAGAUUUACGGAAUUUAAUUGAAGCAUUAGGCGGUGGUGUUGAAGGUUUUGAAAAUUUUCUGAAGGUAGUUGGAGAUAAAAUUGGAAUUGAAGGUUUGUUAAGUACACUGGGUGGUGGAGCUGAAGGACUUCGAAAACUAUUGAAUUCAGUUGAUAAGGAUAAAGAUGAAGUUAUACGAAAGCUGAUAAAUGCAUCUGGUGGAGGUGUAAAAGGUUUAGCUGCUCUAUUAAAAGCUACUGGAGGUGGAGUAGACGCUAUUAAGGAGAUCUUAGAUGCUCUUGGUGGUGGACAUGAAGCAUUAGCAAAGUUAUUGGCAACUUGUGGUGAUGAUCCCACUGAAGCAUUAAAAGUUCUAUUGGAAAUGUUAGGUGGAGAUGAAAACGCAUUGAAAAACUUGUUAAUCGCUAGUGGACUUGAUCCAAAUGAUCCUAACGCCUUAAAACUAUUGUUUCAAGCUUUAGGUGGCGCAGAAAAUGGUUUAAUCACUCUGGUAAAUGCUUUAGGCGGAGGGGAAGAAGGUAUGAAGAAACUUUUAAAGUCACUUGGAGAUGAUGGACUGGUCAAGCUUGUUGCAGCAGCUGGUGGAGGUGAGCAUGGGACAGAAGCUUUGAUUAAAGCUAUGGGUGGAAAAGGUACUGAGGGUUUAACAGCUUUAAUUAAUUUGUUGGGUGGUGCAGAAAAUGGUCUUGCUACUUUAAUUGCAGCUGCUGGUGGCGGACAAGCUGGAUUAGCUGCGCUACUUAAGGCUGCUGGCAAAUUCACUGAAGAUGGAGACGGUCUUUCAGCUCUUAUUUCAGUAGCUGGCGGUGGUGUUGAAGGACUUGAAGCGUUAAUCAAUGCAGCUGGUGGAGAAGAAGAAGGACUGAAUAACUUGUUAUUGGCUGCAGGUGCCACAGACGCUAGUUCAAAAUCUAGCCUCAUAAAACGACUUAUUGAAGCUGGAGGUGGAGGUCAAGAAGGUUUCAAUAAUCUGUUGAAAGUACUCACUCGGGGAAAACGUGACAGACCAAUAGAUGGCUUUGCCAGUCUACUGAAAGUACUUGGAAAUAAUCCAGAAUCACUAGAAAUACUUUUAGGCGCUGUUGGUGGUAAUGCAGAUGGAUUGGCUGACCUAUUAGCAGCUGCAGGUGGAGGAGCAGAAGCCUUACAACUCUUAAUUAAUGCAGCAGGCGGUGGAACUGAAGGAUUAGUCAAAUUAUUGGCUGCAGCUAAACUCACUAGUCUUGAACAAUUGGCUGAUGCUUUAGCUGCAGCAGGACUUGGGGAAGAAGUUGUUUCAGCGGCUAGAGCUGGUGACUUGUCACUGCUUUCAGAGAUAGUAGCUCGUUGCGCAGCAAAAGAAUAUGAUCAGAGGAUAAGCAGUGGUAAACCAAAAGAACUUUGCAGAGAGAGAAAGAAUGGCUUCGCACACGUCCUACUGGUCCUACUCGGUUUGUUAGAAAACUUUCAGCUGCGAAAAGAAGUUAUAAAAAGUGGAAAAAAUUAA